AUGUCACGCGCCUCGGCUGGCUUUGCGGACUUUUUUCCAACCGCUCCUUCCGUGCUGCAGCGGAAGCGCUUCCGAUCCCAGGAUCGUCGCGAGAAAGUGCCUGGCGAUGGCGACCAGAUCUCCGAGGCCACCGCCAACCUCCCGGCAUCCGACAUCCCCGGCACCAGCGGCACCAGCACCGACGAGGCCAUCUCGGGAGACGGGGAGCCGUCUCAAACGUCGACCGUCGCGCCGGAAAUGGACGCAGUGAGCUUUUCUUCCUCUCAAAAAGCUUCCGAGGGGGUUUCCGCACCGCCCACGGCGCCCACGUCGAAUCUUCAUCCAUCGCAUAUCGAUACCCUGACACCACUCACCAAUGCCGAGUCGUCACCCCCUCGCAAGGGUACCAGUCCAUCUCAAGUGAAGGGAUCCGGCGAGCGCUCACCUGACUUGGGGCGGGGAUCGAAUCCUGAAAUCUCAAAAUCCUCCAUUACCCCCGUUCACACUCCUCCCACACCCCAGUCGCAGACCCGUCCUAAUGAGACCGUUGUCAAGGGUUGCAAGGCUGUCUAUGACCCAGAUCUAGAUAAACGGUCAUCAUCCAAGGAGAGGCGCAGGAAGCCAGAAUACGUGGAUAUCCUUGCGAGCGGUCAAGACAGCCCUCCGCUGGACCCGCGCCUGGCCAUCCCCAACUAUACACGCGGAUCAGGUUGCAAGCAAAAGACAAAAUACCGACCGACUCCCUACACCCUAAAACUAUGGCCCUACGAUGCCGCGACGAGUAUCGGUCCUGGGCCCCCGGUCCAAGUGGUGGUGACCGGCUUCGAUCCCCUGACCCCAAUCGCCCCCAUCAGCGCCCUGUUCUCGAGCUUCGGUGACAUUUCGGAAAUGAAUAAUCGCACAGAUCCCAUCACCGGUCGGUUUCUGGGAAUUUGUUCUAUCAAAUACAAAGACGCCGCCUCCUUCCGGGGUUCUGGUCCAGUGUCGGCCUCCAGCGCCGCGCGACGUGCUUAUUACGAGUGCAAGAAAGAGCAACGCAUUGGGACCCGUCGAAUUCGUGUGGAGUUGGAUCGAGAAGGCGCGGUUUCGGAGCGAAUGGCUUCCAAGGCUGUUGAAUCUCAACGACAGGCCUCCAAAAAUGUCUCUACACCAACCCCGGACCCAAAACCAGAUCUUCAGACCAAGAAUAAUGAGCCGCCACCAACCGCGCCCAAAGGUCCUUCCGGUCGAUCGGCCAUGCGGCCUGGAAUCACGAUCCCCGAGGGGCCCAGGGCUAGCGUUCGAUCCCCUGCACCGCUAUCACUGGUAGAGGAUGUACCCAUCUUGAACCAGAUCAAGCGUGAACCUUACAUUUUCAUUGCGCAUUGCUAUGUGCCAGUCCUCAGUACCACGAUCCCACACCUCAAGAAGCGACUCAAGCUCUUUGGAUACAAGGAUAUUCGAUGCGAUAUGACCGGAUACUAUAUUAUCUUCGAGAAUUCACGACGAGGUGAGCAGGAGACGGAGCGGUGCUUUCGGUUAAGCCACAUGAAACCUCUGUUCACCUAUAUCAUGAAUAUGGAGAGCCAGCCAUAUGGGAACCCGAACUACGAGCGCAGUCCUAGCCCCGAACGGCUUCGAGCUGAGCAGCGUGAAAAAGCCGAAAAGGAACGAGCGCGCAAAGAAAACGAAUUGGACCUGGAAGAAGAGAAGAAGAUACGUGCCAUUGACCUGGAUCCUUGUCGAGAAGUGCUUUCAAUCAUCGUUCGCGAUCUUCGAGACAAGCUUUUGGAAGAUGUCAAGUCACGCAUCGCGGGCCCUACAUUGUACGACUAUCUCGAUCCGAGCAGGCAUGCGGCGAAAAGGGAGAAACUGGGCAUCGCAGACCCAGAAGGCCCGAAAAGGUCCAUGUUCCGCAUUGAUAUCGAUAGUAGCGUUGGGACUCCGGAUACUAGGUCUGAACUAUCCGCAGGACGAAACCCACUGGGGACAUCGGGCCUCAAUGUCCUUGCACUCCCUCGUAUCCGGAAAGCCCAAGGCCUUGAUCACGCAGGGGCGGCCUUCCUCGAUGAACGGCGCCGCCAGCCCUUGCGAAGACGAGAGGUUCGGCCUCUGUACCACCGCCUUGCGCAGUUGCAUGACGAUGAGGAUUCGGAUGACGAGCAACGGACCCCUCGGGCUCGGGACACGGAGGAACAAGAUAGUCGGCCAUUGAGCCGUGCAAGUUCAGUCUCGUCUGAAUCUGAACAGGAUGAGGAAUAUCACUCGGAUGUGAAGAGGAAACGCUUGACUGGAGAGCACGCAACACGGAAACGGCAGAGACAAGAUGAUGAACUCUUCGGCGUCGAUUCUUCGGAAGUGGCGGACCGCAAAUACACAGACAAGAUCUCCGAAACAGCUGCGGACGCUGAAGGUCCUGGGGCUAAGCUGGCUAUUCACGACAAGCAAUCAGAGGAAGGGUAUUCUGAUUUGUUGCCUGAAAAGGAGAUCGAUCUGCCUGUCGAGGAAGAAUUCGUUGACGAACCGAGAGCCGAAAUCCACUGGGGUGUGUUCAAGGAGAAGCCGCGCGCCACAGUGGAAGAUGAUGAACGCAUUGUGAUGGAUCUCGAUGGAUGGCAGCAUUUGAUCAAGGAUGAUGAAGAUCUACGAUUCCUUCGUGAGAUUAUGCCGGAGCAAUGGCAAUCUAGUGUUGGGAACCUUGCUGGAUGGGCGUGGAGGCAGAAGGAGAUCAAAGCGCUCAAUCGACUCGAGGAGAAAGGCCCGACAUAUGACACACUCGGCAUCUUGGGCUACUACGUUCCAAAUGCCUCUGGCGCUGCUCGGACUGAAGGGCGCAAGAGGAUUCUCAAUUCUGAGAAGUCGAAGUACUUGCCGCAUCGGAUCAAGGUCCAGAAAGCACGCGAAGAGCGCGAGGAAAAGGCAAAGGCGGAUCCCCAGACCGCCGCAGCCGAGGCGGCGAGAAUUGCUGCUGCCAAGACCAUCUCCAAAUCCUCGUCAAGGUCGACGCGUGUUAACAACCGCCGACUCAUCGCCGACAUCAAUGCACAAAAGCAGGCUCUUCCAACGUCUAGCGGCGAAGGUGACGUCCUUCGUUUCAACCAGCUGAAGAAACGAAAGAAGCCCGUUCGUUUUGCCCGGUCUGCCAUUCACAACUGGGGUUUGUAUGCUGAAGAGAACAUCACUGCCAACGACAUGAUCAUCGAGUAUGUGGGAGAAAAGGUGCGCCAGCAGGUCGCCGAUAUGCGAGAACGCCGGUACCUGAAGAGUGGGAUUGGCAGCAGCUAUCUCUUCCGCAUCGACGAAAACACCGUCAUCGACGCGACCAAGCGAGGAGGCAUUGCCCGGUUUAUCAACCACAGCUGCACGCCGAACUGCACCGCCAAGAUCAUCAAGGCGGAUGGCAGCAAGCGUAUCGUCAUUUAUGCGCUCCGGGACAUCGAACGAGAUGAGGAACUCACCUACGACUACAAAUUCGAGCGAGAAUGGGACAGCGACGACCGAAUCCCCUGCCUCUGCGGUUCCACGGGCUGCAAGGGCUUUCUCAAUUAA